AAAAUAAAAAGAAAGCAGAUUUGAAAACACGCAUAGAGAAAGCAACGGGAGGAAUGCUGGACAUCUGUUGCCGAUGGUGUCGGUGAGAAAACACAUAACGAUUUACACAGGAUACAAUUCACACAAAUGUGUACUAAGUGGUGCUGAUUCUACUUCUAGAAGACCUCAGUUGCACAUGAGAAUUCACACGGAAGAAAUGCCGUACAAGUGUGAGAUAUGUGGUGCUACUUUAUCUCACAGAUCAAGCUUGAAGAAGCACAUUAAAGUUCAUACCGGUGAGAAACCAUACCAGUGUGAUACAUGUGGUGCUGCUUUUUCUCAAAAAUCAAAUUUGCGGGAUCACAUAAUAACUCACACUGGCGAGAAACCAUACCAGUGUGAUACAUGUUCUGCUGCCUUUUCUCAAAAAACAACAUUGAAGGACCACAUAAGAAUUCAUACCGGCGAAAAGCCAUACCAGUGUGAUACAUGUGAUGCUACAUUUUCUCACAGAUCACAUUUGCAGGGCCACAUUAGAAUACAUACCGGAGAGAAGCCAUACAAGUGUGAUACAUGUGGUGCUACCUUUUCUCAUAGCUCAAAUUUGAACAGUCACAUUAGAAUUCACACAGGAGAAAUACCAUACAAGUGCGACACAUGUUCUGCUGCUUUUUCCCGAAGACCAUCUUUGCAUCGCCACAUGAGAUUUCACACAGGAGAGAAGCCAUACAGGUGUGAUACAUGUGGUGCUACCUUUUCUCAUAGCUCAAAUUUGCACAAUCACAUUAGAAUUCACACAGGAGAAAUGCCAUACAAGUGUGACACAUGUUCUGCUACUUUUUCCCGAAGAUCAACUUUGAAUCGCCACAUGAGAAUUCACACAGAAAAAAGUGCAUACCAGUGUGAUACAUGUGGUGCUGCCUUUUCUCAAAGAUCAACUUUGCAGGGUCAUAUGAGAAUUCAUACCGGAGAGAAGCCAUACCAGUGUGAUGCAUGUGGUGCUGCUUUUUCUCGAAUAUCUCAAUUGCAUCGCCACAUGAAAAUUCACACAGGAGAGAAGUCAUACAAGUGUUAGACAUGUGGUGCUACUGGUAUAUUGUAUGUGCUUAUCACACGCGGAGAGGAGCCACCAAGGUGUGAUAAUGUGUUGCUGCGUUUUCGUAGAUCUACUACACCUCAUGAGAAUUCUCACACGAGAGAAGCCAUACAGGUGUGAGAACUGUGUUGCUGUUUUUGUUCAUAGCUGUGAUUUCCGAAACCACACGUGAAUGCAGACUCGAAGACAGCCUUGUUUUUGCGAGAUAUGCGAUGCUGCUGUUUUAUGGAGUGCCUCUUGAUAGAGACUUGAGUAAUACAGGACAUAAAGUGCGUAUCUUACUAGGAUAUUUCGUUUACAUAAUACCAUGAGCACACAAACAUUAACCAAGGAAAACGCUGUGCAUUUUAAAAGUUGUCUUCGAAAUAGGA